UGAUGUGAACUAAUAUAUGAUGUCGUGAAGCUGAUGUCGAUGGUAUAAAAGCAAACACACUUUCUACGAGACUUAAGAUCGUCGUCGACUUUUGCAGCAAAAAGCAGGUCUCUUUUCCUACUUAUCAACAUGCAGAAAAAUUUCAUCACUUUGAUGUUGCUGGUGGCAGCCGUUACUUCAGCCACUUUGGAUCCGACCAACGUCGACGCCUUUGCCGACUGGAUGCCACUAGAAUCUCCUAGCAAUUACCGUAUCGAUUCUCGUAUGCGCAGGCAAGUUCCUUCUACCGAUGCCAAAGAGGAAGCAUCAGCUUCAAGCGAUGUGCCUAUUAUUGACGGAUCCACUCUUCUAAAGGAAUUGGCAUCUGUUCAGAGUCCUACCACUUGCAUCAGACAGGCAAGUUCAGCCAUUAGCUUGCCCAUAGACACUUCGGCCAUUUCUAUUUCUCUCAACAGCUGCAUUUUCAUUGGUUUGAAGCUUUCCAUCGUCAUCAACAUUCUGGAUCCCGUCGCCUGCAGCAAAAUCUGCGCCAGUAACUCCGAUUGCACCCAUUUCACUCACGAACCUCUCCAGAACGGAGGCACCUGCACGCUGCACAAAGCUCCUGGUUUGGGUAACGAGUGGUCGUCCCCCGCACCCCGAAGCUCAGGCGCCACCUGCGGUUACGUCCCCAAGGACAAGUGCGUUUCUAGCGAUGGAUCGCUUCUGAACUUGUGCCUUUAUCUUGCUUUGAAGAUUAGACUUGGUUUACUUUAAACUGCAAAAAUGAAAACGAUAGCCUAAUAAGCCUAUCAGCUUACGUGUUAUGUUGAAAGGCUAGCCUAUAUGAUUUUCACUUGGGAUUUCUUUGGAUUAUUUCGUUUUGGUUUUCUUUCGGGCAUUAUGGAAUACACCUACUUUAGCGGCAGUAUAAAACUUUCGCACGUUUGAUUCAAAACAGUGUUUUUACAUGUCAUGAUUUCCAUAUUAGACCUAUAGUCAUUUUGGCCUAUUACGACGGGUAUCUUCGAAAAAAGAAUAGGCCUACGUUCCUUGGCUAUUUGC